AUGGCUCCUCGGAAACUCAAUGUGCUGGUAUACACAGGCACCGGCACAACCCUGACCUCGGUCCGGCAGUGCAUCUACUCGCUGCGGCGACUGCUCUCCCCCAACUAUGCGGUGAUCCCCAUCGCAGAGACUGCCCUGCUCAAGGAGCCAUGGGCGUCUACCUGCGCUCUGCUCGUCAUCCCGGGCGGCGCAGACCUCGGCUACUGCCGCGUGCUCAACGGCGACGGCAACAGGGCCAUCACAGCCUUCGUGCGCCGUGGGGGCGCCUACCUGGGCUUCUGCGCCGGUGGCUACUAUGGCAGCCGGCGGUGUGAGUUCGAGGUCGGCAAUCGCGCCAUGGAGGUCGUCGGCUCGAGGGAGCUCGCCUUCUUCCCUGGCACGUGUCGCGGCGGAGCCUUUAGGGGCUUUGCGUAUCACAGCGAGCAGGGCGCCAGGGCCGCCAGGUUGAAGGUCCGGAGGGAGGCAUUCUCUAGCGCGGGAGCGGUGCCUGAUGAGUUGAGGUGUUAUUAUAAUGGCGGCGGCGUCUUCAUUGACGCUGCAGCUGAUGGCGUUGAGAUCCUAGCUAGCUAUGCCGAUGACAUUGAUGUCGAUGGUGGCGAGGAGAAGGCUGCCGUGGUGUACUGCAAAGUUGGAGAAGGGGCCGCAUUGCUCACAGGGCCACAUCCAGAAUUUGCAGCUGUCAACCUCGAUUCACAUCCUGAAGUAGAUGGGUAUGAGGACUUGAGGAAAGCACUAGAGACGGAUGAUGUUGAAAGGACAAACUUCCUCAAGGCAUGUCUCACGAAGCUAGGUCUCGAGGUCAACCAAGACAGCUCGUCAGUGCCCGCAUUGUCUAAGAUGCAUCUCUCCGCCUUGGAUCAUCAAGAAGUUGGCGGUCUAUUGCAUUCUAUGAGUGACAUUAUCACUAAAGAUGAAACCGGCGAGGAGCUGAUCAAGGCUGAGAGCGAUACCUUCCAUCUUGAGCAUCCCGACACACGAUGCGAGACAAUUGAUGAUGUCAAAUCGCCUCAGAAAGCAGCAAGUGAUCCUGGUCUCAUCGACUAUGGCAAGAUCGUCAAGAGCAUCAUUUCGCAUGAUGAGGUGUGGCCGCAAGCGAAGGAGACCCCCUACUUCAACCACAAUCUGUAUUACUCCAGCUUACAAGAGUACCGCCAACAAGACACGGAGGCGGAAGCGUGGGGUGACAUACUCAUGUAUGGAGAAGUCGUCACUAGCACAAACACACUCCUUGAGAAAAAUCCAAAGUUGCUGGCCAAUCUUCCAACGGGCUUUACUUUGUCAGCUACUACGCAGGUAGCCGCCCGUGGUCGAGGCAACAAUGUCUGGAUAGCGCCCCCAGGAGCCCUGAUUCUCAGUACUGUGAUCAAUCAUCCCGCACACCAGGCGGCGACCCGCCCCAUCGUAUUCAUACAGUACCUAGCGGCAGUAGCGAUCGUCGAGGCGAUACAGCGUUACGGCCGCGGCUACGAGGGGCUGCCCGUGAAGCUCAAGUGGCCCAAUGACAUCUAUGCGCGCGACCCGUCCAAGCCCAAGGACGAGCCACCGUCAUAUGUCAAGAUCGGCGGCAUCCUGGCAAAUUGCGCGUACAGCGCCGGCAGCUACCAGAUCGUCCUAGGCAUCGGCAUCAACACGAAUAACGGCCGCCCGACGACGAGUCUAGACGCCCUGCUGCCGGCGUACAACCCCAAUCUGCCGCCGUUCCGCAUCGAGCGGCUGCUUGCGCGCAUCCUCACGCGGCUAGAGACGCUGUACGGCCAGUUCAUACGUCGUGGGUUCACACGUGAAUUGGAGGAGAAGUACUAUGAGCACUGGCUCCAUAGUGGGCAGAUGGUGACGCUGGAAGGAGAAGGAGGCGUCAGGGCGAAGGUUUUGGGCAUCACGAGGGACUGGGGCCUGUUGAAAGCCGAAGAGGUCGGGUUUGAUGGACGGCCGACGGGACGAGUGUGGGCUUUGCAAAGCGACGAGAACAGUUUCGAUUUCUGGCGCGGCUUAGUAAAAAGGAAGGUCUAG